ACUGAUUCGUGGCAGGUUGUUUUUUCAAAGUUAAAGCGUUGUCUAUUUCCUAAAGCGGAUUUUGGUACAAUCCAAAAAAAGGCCAUAGAAACGACCUUGGUUAUUGUAUAAUAUCCUUGGAAGCAUUCGGUCAGUGCCAAGUUGGUGCUAAUCAUCCCAUACGCAUGAUUCGGAAAUCUCCAUUUACGUCACAGAUAACCGAAAUUAGUUAGCGCAAACAGUGCAGURCAAAAUGUAAGCUCGCAGAUAACACUUGCACCUUAAUAUUUCCUUCACCAUAGUGUGACAAUCUUCAAACGCAUUUGAGUAGGAUUUCAUUUGAAAAAMCGUCGACUAUUUGCAGUGAUUCAUUAUUCUACUUGAUCGUUACGUCGUGUAAACAUCGUGGGAUCUUUUCAGAGCUGUCGGAAAUGUAAACUUUCGUUUUAAUUGCGUUCACGUUUUCAACCAUCGUGAGUCUGCUAAACGUCGCGAAUCAUAAAAACUCCUUGCUUGAAGUGGGUCUUUACUAAAAGCCAAAUCGAUUUCAAGUGACGAUUACACCGAUUGAAAAGUAAUGAUUUGGCUUUUUUCAAAUUAAACAGCGAUAACAAUACCAUCAAAAAGACAUAACAAAGGAAUUAUCGUCUUUAUGAGAGCAAUCAAACUGGAAAUUAGUAGUGGAAGCAAGGUUUUUAGUACUUCUUUGUGGAUGCAGUGGAGAAGAAACUAAAUGGCCUCCACAAACACUUCAAGUGGUCUUCAGCUUCCUCAAGUUCACAUUGCAAUUCAAGYCAUAGAAGUGUGUUCUCUUGUUCUUUUGAUUGUAUUUGGACUACUAGGAAACCUUUGUGUGUGCUUUGUGGUUUUAAAGACUCGAGAUCUUUGGACGAUCCCUAAUCUUCUCAUAUUAAAUCUAUCMGUUUCUGACCUACUUAGGAUCCUCUGCUCGCUGUCMGUCUCCUGUGUGGUACUGAUAACAAGGAAAUGGAUUUGGGAUGAAACAUUUUGUCAAAUUAGUGGGUUUUAUACGCUGGUAUUUCUUUCGAUCUCAUUGCUUUGCGUAACACUUAUUAGCGUCAACAGAUAUUUUCUUAUCGUCAAGCCAAACAAGAAUUUACAAGUUUUUAGUCGAAGAAAUACAAAAUUUAUGGUAGUUUGUGUGUGGUGUGUAGGCUUCUUGACAGCGUUUCCUCCUCUUCUUGGAAUUGGAAGAUACGAUUUCAUCGCUGCCAGAGCAACCUGCUUCAUUGCGCAUGGAAGCGCGAAUUCGUACACGAGUAUUCUGGUGAUAAUUCUGAUAGGUGUCCCUUGUUCUGUUACAAUAUGGUGCUAUAUUCAGGUAUAUCUAACCAUGAGGGCUAGCAAAGAGAGAGUGGUUGUCAACGUUAUUCCACAUGCGGUUCCUUCCAACCAGUCGAGACGAAAGCUAAGUCCCAGAGAAAUCAAGGUUGCUUCUACAAUGCUGCUAUUGGUGGGCGUGUACCUAAUCACGUGGAUCCCAGUUUCUGUUGUACAUUUCUUGCGAGUGGCUGGAAUUCGUGACAUUUCAAGUCACGUUGACCUCGGUGCAGCGUUACUAAUGAGCUGGAGUUGCGUGACAAAUCCAUGGAUUUACGGAUUCAAAAACACUUACUUUCGUGACCAACUUAGAAAAAUGCUAUGCAUGAAAACCGCUGUUCGUCAAAUUGACAGGGAAUGUGAUAAUGUGGAUAAUCAUAACUAGGAUUCUGCAUAGAGCAGAGAACUGACAAAAUGAAUUUAUAUCAAAAACGACUUCCUGGUUAUGUGUAGAAAUUCAGGGCGGCGUCCAUUACUUAAGAACCAUUGUAUACUUGUGGUGCUAAUAUGUCCAAAUUUGUUGUUGUCAAGUUGUUUUCCAUGUWGUUUUGUAUUCAUAAAACAUAAAACAAUCUUAAAACUAAUUAUAGAAAAAACAGCUUUUUCAUGAGUUUCUGGGCUUUGAGUUACGAAGUCACUGGGAURAAAAUAAAUCAGCAGUUUUUCCACAA